ACUAAUAAUAAUUUAUAUAUUUAUUUAUUAUUAAUACAUUAUUAUCAAAUUUUACUUUUUACAAAAAGCUUCAUAAAGUAUACUAAACGAGAAAAAAAGAGAAAGGAUACAAAAGGAAAUUUAUAGUAUUUGGAAAAUGCAAUGACGUCCAUAUAAAAAGAAAGAGAAAUUAUAUCAGCCUAUCAUAAAAAUAAAAAAGACACAGUUUUAAAGAAUUUUGCAUUAGAAUUAUUUUAGCCAAAUAGAAACAUAAUUUAAGAAUAAUAGGUUAUGAAUCAAAUAGAUUUAAGAAUAAAAUAAUAUUCAAUUGAAGUAAGCUAAAUAUUGGGUGACGAUCCUAAAAAGAACUAAUAAUCAAAUGAAUAAAAUGCAUAAAUAUACAAUAAAAUACAAAGUGAAUUAGAUUAAUUAGCAAAUCAUCACUCUUAUUCUCAGCCUGAUAAAAUAAAUCAUUAAAAUUAAGACUUCUAAAAUAGGAAUUAUUAAAGAUACAAUAGCGAUCAAAAUUAAUAGAAUAAAUUGAAAAAUGAAUAAAUACUAUCUUAAUUAUAAAAUGUUAAAGAUGAAAAACAACUUCUUUAUUAUUGGCCACAAUUGAUUUAAAUUUUAAGAUAAUAAGAGUAGAGAAUUAAUGAAUUAGAAAAUAAAUCAAAUAUUAAUAAUAUGAAUACAAUCUAUAAAUGA